UGUUGCCAUAAACAGUCUAUCCGGUUGAGAAGUGAAGCGAAAAGAGAUGGAAAAUAGUGUCUUACUAGCCGUUAAAGACCUCAAAAAACUAGUAUUUGUGAUCUAUAAUGGCCUUUAAACCUCGAAGUAGAACAACAUUCGGGAUUCCCCCGAAAAAACCGGCAUCAGAAGUUUGUUUAGAUACGAGAAGUUUCGUCCGACAAGCUCCUUUAAAACUCCGCGAUAAACCUUGUAGUACAGUACAACAACGAUUAUGGAUGGAUAUAACAAAUCUAGACACAACAAACCUUGAGAAGACAGACGAAGAAUAUGACAGUAAUAUGUGGAAAAACUUGAAAUUUGUACGAUCGAAUGUUAGCGCUGGGAGUUUGGCUCGAACGACUUCUAGGGCAAGUUCAAAGAAGGCUGAAUUACCACGAGCUGUUGAGCCAAAGGUUGAAGAAGAUAAACGAAUACGAGGAAUGGUAGCAGACAUUUACCCGCUUAGGAUCCCUAAAGCUUCAACCAUUGGGGAUAACACUUACAAUAAGUUUCUCAACGAGGCUAAAUUAAGAGACAAAAAGCGCAACACCAUUGAACGACAAUUUGGAAGAACACAAGAGUUUCAAGGAAAGGUGUUACGAAUUAAGAGCGAGUGUAGAGCACCGCCUAUUAAUGUAGAAGGCGAGAUAAUUCCACCAGAUGACUUUAAAAAAUACCCUCAGAUGGUAAUGGAGGAGGAUUCCUGGUUUUAUCAGAAGCCUUUGUCUUACGUGGCUCAAACCUCUAGACCUUACACUGGGUCCCCUAGCUCAGUCUUUAGGUAUGGUACACCAUGGAAACGGGGGCUCACAGGGAAAGGCUCCUAUCCUUGACAAUGAUCUAUUGCCGGUGUAGAAUAUGAGGCAAUUUUUGUAGUAAUUAUUUAUUGUUUCCAUGUUGCUGAUAAUCUAGACAGCAGCUAGCUGGCUAUAUAGUUGACAUUUUGGCUUGUCAGUCAGAUUUUCAAUAGUCCAAGCUAAUAUUGAUUGACAGAAGCCAAUAACUCAUCUUGAGUUUGAGCCGACAUAGUUUCCUGGUUGUGAUGGAAUGUUUGGAAUGCUGAGGGAAGACCUUUCCCCUGACAUGACUGAAAGGUCAACUUUUAGAAGAGUAGGGAGAUCUACUUUGCAGUAUUGUGUGGGUGCCAAUCAAUAUUUAGGAGGCCCUCGUCAACUCUAGUGAAAGUCAGAAGAAAAAGACAUGACAGCCAUUUUAGAGCAGAAUACGAAAAUGUACAUAAGAGGAGGGGUAGUUUAUGGGAAAACAAUCAAAUUAUUAGGUUAGGAUUGAUAUWUUUAUUUUUAUGAAGUGUGAAUGAGAUUUAUAAAUGAGUACUCUAUUUUGGUAUUGAAAAACUUUCUAACUUACUUACAAUGAGAGUUUUACAGAUGCAGUGAAAUAUGUUUAAUAA